GACGUCUCCUCAAGUGUGCAGCAGCAUCAUCCCAUGGACUGACUUGCUUGUUGUAGAGCAAGAUGGAGUUCCUUCUGGGAAAUCCUUUUAGUACACCAGUGGGGCAUUGCAUUGAGAGAGCCACCGAUGGCUCGUUGCAAAGUGAAGACUGGACUCUCAACAUGGAAAUAUGUGACAUCAUUAAUGAAACAGAGGAUGGGCCAAAAGAUGCCAUCAGAGCGGUCAAGAAGAGACUCAAUGGCAACAGGAACUAUAGGGAAGUGAUGCUGACUUUAACGGUUCUUGAGACAUGUGUGAAGAACUGUGGUCAUCGUUUUCAUGCUUUGGUAACCAGCAGGGACUUUGUCGAUGGGGUGCUUGUUAAAGUCAUCUCUCCCAAAAACAACCCACCAACCAUCGUUCAAGAUAAAGUACUUACCCUGAUUCAGGCAUGGGCUGAUGCAUUCAGGAGCAGCCCUGAUCUGACAGGUGUGGUUCAAAUCUAUGAGGAGCUGAAAAGGAAAGGCAUUGAGUUCCCCAUGUCAGAUUUGGAGACCCUCUCACCUAUACACACACCCGGGCGGGUAGGAGGCAUCGUGUCAAACAAUCCAGUUAUGGCAUCUGCUCCAGAGGGAGACUCCACUUUACACAAGUUCAACAGCACUACUCAACCCGCGACACAGUCUGUCCCACCAGCCUACACCGCCCCUCAGGUCCCGAAUAUUCUUCCCUCUGGAUCCAUCAAUCCUACACCUGAACAGAUUUGCCGGCUGCGCAGUGAGUUGGACAUUGUUCGUGGAAACACAAAGGUGAUGUCAGAGAUGUUGACUGAGAUGGUUCCAGGACAGGAGGAUGCUUCAGACUAUGAAUUACUACAGGAGCUGAACAGGACUUGCAGAGCUAUGCAGCAGAGGAUAAUGGAGCUCAUCUCCUGUGUUUCUAAUGAGGCAGUGACGGAGGAAUUGCUGCACGUCAAUGAUGACCUCAACAACAUUUUUCUUCGUUAUGAAAGGUAUGAGAGGUUUAGAUCUGGGAGGUCCUCGGCUCAGAAUGUCAACAAUGGGGUCCUCAGUGAGGCGACGGAAGACAAUCUCAUCGACUUGGGCCCGGGCUCCCCUGCGGUGGUCAGUAACAUGGCCAACGCAGCUCCGACCAGCUUGCCCCCCGCCCUCACAGCCCCAGCGGGAAGGCCUUCCUCCCCGGCCACCUUGGCCUCACGUCUGGCUGGUUUAGACAUGGGUGCAGACACCGUGAGCAGCACCCUGAGCUCUCUCUCCAGCUGUAAGCCUCCACCUGCUCAGGACGACUUCGAUGUGUUUGCUAAAACCAGAACCGAAGUCGUGGCUGAACCAAGCCAGACUGCUGCAGCAGCAGACGGCCCCACCGCCAGCAGUCCUCCUCCCACUCUGGAUGUGCUACAGCCCACUGCAGGAGGGGGUGUCGGAGGUCAGUCCUCUGUCAUGGAUGACAUAGAGGAAUGGCUGUGUACUGAUGUGAAAGGAGAUGAAGGCGAAGAAGGUGUAACCAGUGAAGAAUUUGACAAAUUCCUAGAAGAGAGAGCAAAAGCUGCUGAGAUGACUCCCAACCUACCGUCGCCCCCUAGUGGCAACCCAGGCGGAGGGCAGGGCACUCCCAGCCGCAAGAAGGCAGACAGACAGGAGGACGCUUUAGUUGCCAUGUAGCACCCCCACUUUUGACCUCCGAUACCCGGCCUUAGACCUGACCAGCUGAGCAGCACCACCCGAGGACUGACUGACACGACUCAGAAACGCAUCCACCUGCUUUCUGACUCAUCGCAACACAUUACAGAGUUUAGCACAUGCUUUAAUGAUUUUUAGAAAAGAAAUAAAAAUUUAGAUUUUUUUUUUUCUUUCUCUCAAGGAAAAAAACACAAACUAAUGGCCUACCUUGUUACGCCAGCCGUUGAUAGCUCCCCCCCCACGAUAUGAGAUGUGUUGGAGAUAAUGAGGCGGGCUGCUUGCUUCUCUGUGGGUGAAGGAUCCAGCCCUGGACUGCAGAGUUUCAGUUUGCAGCCAUUUAAAGAAAAAGGAGUCCUUGUUAAAAAUAGAAAAUUUAUUUCAUAUAGAUUUCCUCAAUUUGACACCAGGUUUAUGAUUGUUUUUAGAUUAUACUUUUAGUAAAACCCCUAUACUGCAGAAAGCCUGUCAUCAGCUGGGGCACUAAUCACACCAACUACAAGGGACUUGUUUUGGUGUUUGAGUCUCUUUGCAAACCUGUCUAACUUGAUCUGUAAAUCUGUAAAUGACAAAUGUCACAUUCAUCAGUUUUGUGUAUAUUUAAGCUACAUGUAUAUGGAAGAGAUAAUUUAAUGUAGAUUUUUUGGAAAGAGUUUAUGUUCCACUUGCUUUGACAAUAGGGAUGUACCUCACUGCGGACAGCGUGUUCAAGAAAAGGGAAAAAUAUACAUAUGAUUAUUUCUAAACACUAAGAGGGAAUGACGAAAAAGGGAAUUUAGUUUUUGUGACUGGCAUCAUUGCGCACUCUACCAACGGUUGCCAUUACGCCACCCUGGAAACCUGCCUUGUUGUGGAGUAUCUGACAGAAUAAAUGCGGUUGUUUGAUGCUUUCGCUGGUCUCAACAGAUUUAUUGAGAUUAUUUUGCUGAGAUUUAUUACCCUGACGCUGCUAUAGUUGGUUAUAAUUCUAUCAGCGGUGCAAUGCUGUGUAGUUGUUAUUUAUGUCAUCAUGCUGAGCACGGAUACUGUCAUGGAUUCAAAGGUGAAUGAGGGAUUUGCAGAGCAGAGUCGCUGUUAGAGGAGCACUUGCACGUAGCUGAAGAGACAAAUGCUGUUAUAGUGAGUCUUUACUCUGUGACUUUUUGUUUUAAGCUCCAUCAGUAGAUGACUUUGUAUGCUUUGUCCUAAAAUUGAGCUUAAAGGACCAAAUUUAUUUUAUUAUUUUUUUUUAACUUAAUGGCAUUUCUGCAUAACUUUGAUUUAAAUGUCCACAUCUUUAAUAUUUGGGGUUUUCAUGAAUUUUCAACUCCACACCACCGAAGCAGUUUACACAUUUUGUGCAUUUGUCAUUUAUUUAAUCUUUUUCCGCUGACAUCUCAAGAGGCCUGACCUUUUCAACGUGACAUUUGUUUUCAGAAAUGAACUUGGCUUCAGACACAGCACUACAAAUGAGACUUUUUUUUUUUUUUCCCCCCACCCUUUUCCGUUUUGACAAGAGUAAAUGCAACAUGUUUCACCGUCACAACAAGCUUAAAACAAGUGUGCACUUUGACGGCAGCAUUACCUUCCAACAUGUACUGCAAGUCUGCUAACACUCAGCCAGCUGUAAUUAACGAGAACUGUCUAGACGGAGCUGUAGAAAUAAUUUAUUUAGCACUACUUUUGUUUCUUCUGAUCAGUAUUUUAAAUUUGCUUUCUUGUGCAAGAUUAAAAUAGGAAAUUAACCAAUUACGGGAAGAAUGAGAUCUUGUCAUAAUGUCUGUGUUUUAGGCUUUUGUUUAUGGAGUUAAAAUGUUCAUUUUUAUAUAUACAGUAUAUAUAUAUAUUGCUGCUGGUUUAUGCAUCUUAUUUGUUAUGUGCGUACAGUAAACAUACAAAUCAGAUUCUGAAGUCAGUUCUUCACUAGCUGUAAAAGACUUCUCUCAUUUAUCUCAUGGAAGAUGCUUAUUUUAAUAGAUUUUCUCAUUCUCGAUUUGGAUUGAGUGGCACAUUAACACAAGCAGACAUCUUUAAUGAAGUUUCAGCAUUGCACAUUUUGAGAGAGAAUUUCCUUUUGUCCCCUGUGUUUUGUUUUGGUGUCUAAAUGUGCGUUCUGUAAUACAGAAGCUUCCUUGGUGAUUGGGGGAAAAGAUGACUCCAGAUGUGUGUUUUAAAGAUCACACGUUACCAUCCCGUUUGGUAUUGAUAACUUUGCAGAGUCGUCUCAUUUUGCAGAACAAUAUUUUUGUUUGUUUUUGUUUGUUUGUAUGUCUGGAUUAUGCUGAAGGAGAUGUUGAAAAUCGAGGCUGUGCUGCGUGACUGUUGACUCUCCUUAGCUGCAUCAUUUCUCUUUGUGUUGUUUUGACUUCUGCAUGAAAUCUUAAUAAAAAUUAGCAGUGUGUGAUCCGCAA